UUUCAGUUUAAGAGUCGUUAUGAAAUAUCUAUAAUCAUGCUAGAAAUUGUAUUACUUACAUUUCUUUAUAGACCUUCUGCUUCGGCGUUGGUGUCGGAGCCUUCUUGUUCCCGAUUUCACUAUGAGGAACAAACUUUAGAAAAAAUGAUAAGGCAGGAAGUUUUUGUUGAAAAAAUAAAAAGUGAAGUGGAUGUCACCAGAAAUAAUGUUGAGAAAGCUGUUAAGAAUGUGGAGGACAUGAUUGUCACCAUUGAUUCUUUGAAAGACAAAGUGGAUAAGCAGCUGGAAAAGAGUGCUGAAGAAAUUGAGAACGAAAUAAGGAAAGUAAAAGCCAUUAGACCUGCAGUGGCUUUCAAAUCAGACACGAUAAUUGACUUUUCUGUCAGCAGCAACAAGGUCAUUGUAUUCACAAAUAGCCCUAUCAACACAGGUGCCGGUUAUAACAAUAAAACUGGCAUCUUUGUGGCGCCAGUUACUGGUCUGUACUUGUUUACAACUCAGAUAUGCUCGAUUCCAAAUACUCAUCUUUAUAUUGGUAUCGUUGUCCAAGGGCAGGUUGUCGCCCAAGGUGGAUUUGGAGACAAGGUAUGGCACAAAUGCUACACACUGACCGCCUUAGUUGCAGCAGGUCUUGCAGAUCAAGUUUCAGUAAAUUGCAUUGGAUCGUGCGAUAGCAGUGAAUCGUUAUGGAAACAUAAUUUGGUAACAAGUAGUUUCUCGGGAGUUCUUUUACAUGACAAUUAUUAAUAGAAAACACAACCAGUUUGUUUAUUAGUUUCUCAUUGUUCUUCACAUAAAAAUAAUUUCAUCAAAAGUAAAUGACCUUGCUAUUACAAAAUAUGAGGGAUUUAUAUUUCUGAAUGUGCUGAUCACUGUUCUCAUCAUUUUAGUGUUAUAAAUUGUUUCUUGUAAUAUCACAUUGAAGAAUACGUAAGACUUGUAAAAAGCACUUCAGAAGAAUUGCAUACAUGUAUUUUGAAAUGUUCUUGUGUGUUUUUAGCUGUUUUCGUGUGAACUAAAUACUGCAUUGCUUAAAAAAUCUGAUUGAAGAGUUACAGCAUUAUACAUGUAUAGUUCUUUGCGUUUGUGUAAAUAAAAGCAUAAAAGGGG